AUGGAAGAAAGUCAUGGAAGGUCGAAUUCAAAAGCUUCCUUUCAAGGGAGUAGUUGGAUAAAUAUUAAACACAAGAAAACGCGUUCUUUGGAUUAUUCAAGACAUCUUUGUAGCAGUACAAGAUCGGCUGCAUUGAUCGACAAGAGGCCCUCGAAAUCAUUCAGUGAUACCGAUGCUAUUGAAAUCCUAAAGCAGAGAAUAGCUCGCAGGCAAAGUGAUCCGGCUUUUAACACAACAAAUGUGACUUUAGAGGGACCAAGCGUUACAAGAACGCCACAGAUACAAGUUUAUCAAAAGGACAAAACAUUUCAUAGGAAAUACGGCAGAAAGAGCGAAGAGACAGAGCUUAAUGCUUCGUCAAAUAGCAUAGCGAUACAUCGGAGAUGUAUUAACAGCCCAACAAGUUCAUCUUGUUUUAGCCUUAAUGACGACGAUUGUGCCCGUUCUUUCUGCGAUUCUGUUUCUUCCGUCGCUUGCAGCAACUUUACACUCGAAAAUGACGAUGAAAAGUGGGAAAGAAAAUUGACUUUUUCGGAUAGAUUUGGAAAUUUCAAUGCCAUUGAGACUUGGCUUCAGCGUUUAUCCACCUCAGCAUCUUAA